UACUGCAUUAGCGGUCGAGUAUACCACAGCAUACAGGACAGUUCACCGGCGGGCUGCACGAUCUUGAAAGGUCGACUUGCAGCGGCCAUGAUUUGGAAAUAUGACCCACUGUCUGGGUACUUCUACCUCCGGAAAAUCGCUUCAUCGAGCUUACGCUUUACUGGGCGCCUUAGCUAGUCACUACAAAGCAAAGUUUCCUCCACAUCAGAAACAUAGUUGUACUCACACGAAACUCACAUAGCACUUCUUUCCAACGGUGUCCUUGCUUUCCCUGAAUCACCCAUCACCCCGAGACUCUACAGAACGUCUUCGACGAUCCACCAUGUCCAGCAGCGAGCGGAAACCCCGUCGAUGGACACCGGCAGAGGAUGAGACGCUGCGCGAGCAAGUCGAUGCCCAACAGGUACAAGGCGGUAGCAGAGACUGGUGUCAGAUUGCUCUGGCUCUGCCCGGGCGAUCUAAUAAGGACUGUCGAAAGAGGUGGCACAAUUCAGUCACCGAGGGCUUGAAGAAGGGUCAGUGGUCAAAAUCCGAGGAUCAGCUUCUCAUCCACGGCGUGCAAAGCUAUAGCUUCCAGUGGACAAAAGUCGCUACGUGCGUGUCCUCACGCAGUGCAGAUCAAUGUGCGAAACGAUGGCAGCAGUCGCUCGACCCUCGUCUUGAUCGUAGCGAGUGGCGCGAGAGCGAAGACAAGGCUCUUCUCGCAGCAGUAGAGAGUCUAGGGCGACACUGGAAAGACAUACAAGAGCAGUACCUUCCCCAUCGAUCAAAGAACUGCGUCAAGAACCGCUUCUCAGUUCUCUCACGCCGAAACGCCAUUCAUUUGGCGCCUUAUGACGAUAGUCUCGGGAGCUCGUCCUCGGAUCCAGGUACACCACUUCAGCUGGAAGGCGAUCUGCCACUAGACUUCAUGACAACUUCACUCAUGCACAACACAACACAUGGCCUGUACCAGCAAGACCAAAUAUCACGGACCCGCAGCGUGGAAAUGUCUUGGUUGUGGUCAGGAAGCAGCGACCCGAGUGUAUCACUGCCCGCAAGCCACUUCGACUCUUUCGACGCCAACUUGUGGCCCGCGUGUCCCAAUGUAAUUCCAAGUCAGACGCUGUCGAGUAACGCAGGUCAGUGGAAUGGCAUACACACAAAUACGGGCACACCACCUUCAGUACAGUACCUCAGUACUUCAAACCCACAGAUGCAUGCGUAUUCAUAUCCAACACACCAUCCUGCUGACUCACGAGGGACUCAGUAUGUGGCCCCAUCCACAAGCUCAUCUGAGUUGUACGCACCAGCUGCUGGGUCAUCUCGCUUGCCUACACACAGGGGAGCGUACGGUCAUUCGUAUAGAGGCAGCUAACCAUGGGUCGCGCAAUUUCAUAUUCACAGCAACAUAUACUCCACUGCGACGGGACAGAACUAAAACGGAUUUAGUUCUUGUAUGUAUUCAAUGCUAUUUACGCUCUCUACGCCAUUGCAUCGUCGUCCUCCGGUCGACGGGAUUGUUUGCUUUCACUUGUACAAAAGUAGUUUCGAAGCAGAAUACAAGUCACAAGCA